AUGAAUCAUCCUACCUCUUCAUAUGAUGAUCUUGUGAACAGAGCAGUUAACAUUGCGCUUGCUAAACCGAAACAACCAACAAAAACUGCUAACGGCUAUAUUCUUUAUAGAAUGAAUUAUUUUAAAAAUAAUCCGGGUAAAAGUAUGAUGUCUCUCUCACCAAUUAUUAAGACUGCAUGGAAUAACGAAUCACCUCAGAUUCGACAACUUUAUCUUGAUACGGCUAGAAAAGCUAAUGAGAAAUAUAAAAGUAUAAUAAAUCAAUCGCGACAACAAACUCCGCUGCCACAAACAUCGCCGUUGUCUCAAGUGGUGCCGUCACAACUGUCGUUGUCGCAAGCAUUGUCAUUACAACAAUCGCAAGUGUUGCCGUUGCAAUCGUUACAUUCACAACAAUUACAGCAAAUGUCGCUACCGUUACAAUCGUUAUAUUCACAGUCAAAAGCAGGAUAUUUUUCCUAUUCUGAACUACAAUUACAACAGUCCCCUCCGCAAACGUUGCCGCCGUUACAAUCCUCACAUCCACAGUUAGAAGCAGAAGAUUUUUCCUUUCCUGAACAAUUACAGCAGUCCACUCCACUAACGUCGCCGCCAUUACAAUCAUCACAUUCACAGCCAGAAGCAGGAAGUUUUCCCUUUGCUGAACAACAAUUACAACAGUCCCCUUCGCAAACGUUGCCGCCGUUACAAUCCUCACAUCCACAGUUAGAAGCAGAAGAUUUUUCCUUUCCUGAACAAUUACAGCAGUCCACUCCACUAACGUCGCCGCCAUUACAAUCAUCACAUUCACAGCCAGAAGCAGGAAGUUUUCCCUUUGCUGAACAACAAUUACAACAGUCCCCUUCGCAAACGUUGCCGCCGUUACAAUCAUCGUGUUCACAACCAGAAACAAAUAUACCUAGUAUUAUAAACCAAGAGGCAUAUGAAUAUGUAGUUAAUGCAUAUAAAAAUAACACCAACUGCGACUCUAUAAUUUUAGAAUUUCAUCACCAGAUUCAAGAAGCUUCUCGUUUCUUAGAGUCUUAUCGUGUUUUACCGAGUCAAAAUAUCACGAUAUGCUAA